AUGACAGAGCAAGACGAAAUACCAGAGAUGGCAAGUAUCAAAUCUGGUAUCAAGACUAUAGUUCCUGCAGCAAAAUCGUACACUCAGUUGAUGGUGCCAAUGACAAAUUUGCCGCAACGAAGUCACUCGGCAAUCCCCCUAAAGACCAAUGUGUUGAUUGUUGGCGGAGCAUAUGCUGGAAUUGCUGCAUUACGUGCACUUCAGAUAAACUUAUCAUCUCGUAUACCCAGCAACGGUAGCAAAAUUAGCGUAACCUUGGUGGAACCUAAAGAUGGCUUGUUGAACAUUUUGGGUAUUUCGCGAUCAAUUGUAAGUCCGCAAUUUGCCCAAACACAAUAUAUUCCGUUCAAUAAAUUGGACCAUUUACGGUUUCAUUCUAUAAUAUCCGAAGACGAUAGUGAGCUGCGUUACGAUUCCUCUUGGUUUAACGACGAUGACAAGGUGCAGUUGAAUUUCAUACAUGGUCGCAUAACGUCAUUAGGCUCUCAGUCGGCUGAGUAUACUUUACACAGCUCAACAUCAGGUGUUGCUAAAAUUGAUUUUGACUACGUCGUUAUGGCAAGUGGAAGGGAUCGUAACUGGCCAACAACACCACACGCAACAACGCAACAACAAUUUAUUGACGAGGUCACCAAAGCCAAAGAUUCAAUAGACAAAGCCAACACAGUGUCAAUAAUUGGUGCUGGUGCCGUUGGAACUGAGAUUGCUGGUGAUAUCAAAACGGCAUAUCCCGGCAAAACAGUCAACUUGGUCCAUCCGCAUGAACAUUUCCCACCAGAGCCAUUAAGCUUGGAGUUCAAGACCAUGGUCCAAGAUUCAAUUGAACGAGCAGGUGUGAAUAUCUACUUAAACACCCGAAUUGAGAAAGUUUUGGAUAACAACAACUUGCUCACUACAACUCAAAAAGUCAUUGAGUCAGAAUUGAAUUUUCAUUGCUGCUCCAAACACAACAAUACAUCUUUCUUGACACCACAGUUGCAAAAACACAUUGUCAAUGGACAGGUCAACACCAAUGAAUAUUUGCAAUUGACUGACCCAGCAACACAACUUUCUCAUCCCAAUUUCUUUGUUGUUGGGGACUUGGUGAAUUUUGCCAUUAUCAAAUCUGCUGGUUGGGCAAUGUACAUGGGCCGUCAAGUUGCAAACAAUAUCACUAGCCUUAUUUUUGAUGAGAAGUUGGUUGAGCCGAUGCCUGACUUGACGUCAAUGCCGUAUGGGAUGGUGAUCGUGGGUGGAAAUGAAGAGAUUAUCAGUGAGUUGCUGGGUGAUGUGCAAUUGAAUCAUGAAGGGUAUAAGAAGGAGUAUCUUGAUUAUUGUAUUGGUAAGGUGAGAGCUACAUUAGAUGUAUAG